AAAAAUAGUAUAUAAUUUUUAUUUUCUUUUUUAUAAUAAAAUUUUAGUUAACAUUGAUUUAUAAUAAUAUUAUAUUAUUAAUUACGAAAUUAAUUAAUAUGUUAUUUUAUAAAAAUAUUUAAAUUUUAAGUAAGAUUUUGUUAGAUUCUUUUUCAACAGAUUUUGUUAUAAUUAAAAAUAAAAUUCAAAUUUAUAGUUGGUUUAUUAGUAAUGUAAAUAAUCAAAUAUGCCAUAUUAACUAUUUCUUUAGGUGGUCUUACUAUGACUUACUAAUGAUAGAUAAAAAUAGAACCCUAAAUUAAUAGAUUAGAUUCCUUUAAUUGUUCCAUAAUUUUUAAUUCCCAUUGAAACAGUUAAAAUAGCAUUUUUUUACCCAAAAUCAUAAAACCGUGUUUUUCAAACAAAAACGUAAAAUCGCAUUUUCCGCCAAACACUAAAAUCACGUUUUCUGGCAAAAACUUAAAAUCACUAUUAUGGUGUGUGUGACGAUAACUACAAUAGCUAAUCAUGUUGGAGAGAAUAUACACACAUCUUCAGAGAUAUAUAUGAGAAAAAACAAGAACUGAAGUUUGUUUACAAUCAUUAUUACACCAAAAAAAAAGUUUGUUUAUAAUCUGAUUGGUUUAGUUGCUUUAUAAUCCAAUUAAAAGAACAAAAACUGUAACCCAACGAGAAUCCGAUUUUACUGUAAUCAAACCAAACAAAUCCUCGAUAUAUAUAUAUAUAUAUUCCAUAAUUAUCUUCUUCUUUUUUUAACGCUAUUCCAUAAUUAUCUAGGAUCUACAAAAAUCUUAUAUUCCCUUUUCUCUUUCUGUUAAGAGUUUAACCUAAUUCUUUGUAAUAUAAAUAUUUGGCUGUUCCAAUCUCAAGUUUAACAAAACUUAUCAGAGCAGUAUUGGCGUAAUUAUUAUCACAAACAGUUGUUGAUGGAUGCUCCACGUGAUUCUUCUCAUGAAGAAGGAAAAGAAGAACAAGUACUUCCCCUUCCUUUACCUUCGACUGGGAAUACUCUCUGUGAUACUCCGGUUCCUGAAGAGCUCUCUGACUCCGAAUCAGAAUCGUUAGACUCACUGACAUUCGAUGAGACUCCUCAAACAACCAGUGAGUACCAACAGAAACUAAUCUCAUCAUUCACCGAGGUAGCUGUUGGUCAAACAAUGGAAACAGUCAUUCAGUUCUUAGAGACGGCAAACUGGAACCUCGAAGAAGCCAUUAAUCACUUUUUCGUUGAAUCAAACACGACGAGGUUACCUCCUCUGAGGUUUCUUUUCGAAGGUUCGUUCGAUGAGGCAAAAUCAGCAUCUUCCCAAGAGAAUCUAUGGUUGCUAGUGAAUCUCCAAUCCACGAAAAACUAUGCUUCUCAUUCGCUUGACAUAGAUUUAUGGUCGAACAAAGUCGUUUCUCAAGCUAUCGAGUCAAGCAUCAUCUUAUGGCAAGUCUAUGAUGAUACCACUGAAGGACAGAAAAUCUCUACUUUCUACAAGAUCGAGUCUGCUCUUCCCGUGGUGCUCCUCAUUGAUCCCAUCACUGGUUUCAAGAUGCGGUCGUGGAGCGGAGUGAUUGAAGCUCAGAGUUUUAUCGACGAUUUGAUGAACUAUACUAAGUCUGGUCCUCACGAACACAUUGCUUCUCUGACAAGAAAAGAACCCGUUUUAUGUAAUGAAACCAACCAGACUAGUGAUGAUGUUGUCACUCCUUCAGGGGCGGAGACUUGUUCGUCAACCAACUGUGAUGAUGUCGUCGAAACGAUUGAGACGAAGACUUUACCCACACAUGACGAGGAGGAGGAGACUUGUUUAGAGUUUCCAGUAUUGACAGAAGAGCCAAGAGGAGACUGUGAUCGAAGCCUUGUGUGCAGUCUAUGUGUUCGGUUUCCAGAUGGGAGAAGAAAGCAGAGGAAGUUUCUCAAGACCGAACCUAUUCAGCUUCUCUGGUCUUUCUGUUAUUCUCAGAUGGUGGAGUCUGAGAAGAAGGCGUUUAAGCUAGUACAAGCGAUUCCUGGUGCUUCAAAGACUCUUGAUUAUGGAGCUGACGCCACGUUCGGACAAUCUGGGCUCGCUAAUUCGAUGGUGUUGGUUGCUUGGGAGUGAAGAUUUGGAGUUUAGACCCCAAGUCGUAGUGUUUUUUUUCUCUUAUAUCUUGAUUUUAAUAAUUUGUUCCUUUCAACUUCCAGUUUGUCUCUUUUGCUAUUUGAUUUUCCAUGGUCAAUGAGACCUCUUCAUCUAAACGUUUUUAGAAACCUGACAACGCUAUGAUCCAACUGGGAGAAAGUGGUCUUGAAUAACGUUCAAAACUAAACAAGGAUCGACCACUUUGGUGUUUAAAUAAUUUAGCCAAUCUUGUUAGAAAUCUUCCAAAUGUUCGCAUAUCGAAAUUAAAAGGAGAGAUAAGAAGAAGCCUUUGUGAAAUAUUACGUGCUCUUUUUGGAAAUUUCCCCAUGGAACUGUAGCAUUAAUGGGCGUUGCAACUUGCAACAUGAUCAGAAUCUGUCAAGUUCACGCAAAAGGUAGAUAGUUCAACACCAUGUUCUUUUUUUUGAACAGCAGUUUAACACCAUGUUCAAGACAAACAUUGAAAACAAUGUCUUUAGUUUUUUCAAACAAAACGCAUCUAUGUUAAUAAAUGUUUUUUUUGCUCAAAUCCUCAAGUAUAUUGAGAAAUCACUUUAGUGAUUUAUGUUGACGUGUAGAAGAGCUCUCCAUUUAAUUGUUAUAAUUUGAUUGGUUGAUAGUUUUUAUUUUUUAUUUAUUUAAUUAAAGUUUUUAUUUUUUUUCGACGUCGAAAGGCUAUUCUAUUACUCAAACUUGAGGUGGUCUGGGUAACCAAACCGGAAUAGAACAACCAAUAAAACAUAACUCCCUAUGGAAGGAUCUAGCAGUCUUAGCCAAAAAAUCAGCCGUCUGGUUACGUGCCCGUGGGACGUGAGCGAUUUUAAAAUCCGGAAAGCAUAUCUGUAGCGUCUCUAUCCUCUCCAAUUCCGUCGCAAAGCUUGGCCACGCCUGAGGUUCCUUCACCAUUGCUAUCAGUUCCUUACAAUCUGUCCCGAAGCUCUGGCAGUUCGAAUGUUGCAGCAUAUUCUCCAUCGCCCAUCGCAGUGCCUCUACUUCCGAGUGCAAAGCUGAUUCCCGCCGAGUGAAGUUCCUUGUCCCCAUAAGCUGCACAUUCCCAGACCCAUCCAUCCACACCCAUCCGCAUCCACUAAAGUUAGCAGAAGAUGUCCAAGAUCCAUCUAGCAAGCAAAUAUUUCCCAAGCUUAUGGCUUGGGGCUCCUCAUCUGUAUUAGCUUGUGUUACAGGUUGUACCACUUCCUUAGCAUCAAACCAGGCUUGACAUUCGCUCUCCGCAUGUCGGACUAACUCCAAAGGAUCUCGAUCUAUGCCCCUGAAGAGUUUCUCAUUCCUAGCCUUCCAAAUGUACCAUAUUAUCCAGGGAUAAGGGUCUCUAUCACGAUCAGGCUCAAGAAUGCUAUUUUUCCUCCAAAAGAGAUAGUCCAUAUUCGUGUAGAUGCUUGAUACUGGAAAGAUGUUCGGGCUUGUCGGAGUCGAAGCUAAAGACCAAACUUGAAGAGCUGGCGGGCAUUCAAAAAUUGCAUGUGUGACAGUCUCCUCUGCUUCUCCACAUCGUGGGCAGUAGUUAUCACAUCUCAUAUUGCGUCUUACCAGGUUCCUUGUUACUGCCACAUGACCAUAGAAUUACAUAUGUUUCCAAACAUACAAUUAAUCAUCUUAAAUAUAAAUGAAUUAACAUAAUUUGUUUAUAGAAAUAAUUAAAUAUCUAGAUUACAUUAUUUAAAUUGAUAAGAUACAUAUAACAUAUGAUAUUAUAAAAACAGUUUUUAUUAUGUUUAUAUUAGUAGUGAAUAAAAUAAGUCAUAUAUUUUAGAAAACUAAUUAAUCUAAACUUAAUAAUAUUAAUUAAAUUCACUCAUUCACUAUAUAUAUAGUAUAAAAAUGUGUCAGAUGAAUGCAAAACAGUUAAAUAUAUAAUUCUAAGAAAUUUUAAUCAUUUUCCAAUGACAAUGUGAUAUCAUAUAUGCGUUAUCACUUUUAGAAAUAAUUAAAAUAUUUUUAUAUUUUAAAACAUAAAAAUUAUACGGUAAGUUAUUUAAAUGUAUAUUAAUCAAGAAAACGUUCAUUUAAUUCAUCUAUUAAUAUAAACAGAUGAAUUAACAUUAUUAUAUGGUAAGUCAUUUAAAAUUAUAUUAUUUGGUAAUUCAUUUAAUUUAUUAUAUAGUAAGCCAUUUCAUUAUAUUAAUCAAAGUAUUUUCACAGGAUUUUUUCUAGAGUUAAUACUCUAUUAAUAUAAUUUAUAUAUUAUAAUAAAAUUAGCAUGCUUAUUUUUAAUAGGAAAAAAGCAGACAUAAAUAAAAGAAGAAGAGGGAAGAAAAAUAAAAUAUGUUUGUUGUGUUCUUGGUAUUUUUAUAUUCUUAUGUAUUUAAUUUUUAUUUGUUUGUCGAGGUACAUGUACUUUUUGUGUUACUAUAAAUGUGAACUAAUUAGUUUUAUGUGUUUUUAAAAUGUUAAGAUAACUUUAGUAAGGAAGUUCAAUAAAAAUGACCAUCUGUACAAUUGUCAAAGUCAAAGAUGAAAAAUGUAAUGUAAAUUGAAGGUAAGAAAAAAUAUUUAAAAAUUAAUGAUAUGUAUUUUUUACGUAAUAAUAAACUUUUAAAAUGUAUGAUAGUAAAAUUUUAACAAAAUUUAUACAAAUAAAAUCAUUUUAUUUCAUAUAAUAUUGGAUCUCACAUUAAUAUUAAGUAUAUAUGCCUAAAAUAACGAUAUUUGGUUAUUUAAAAAUUGAAUUAUUAUUUUUUCAUUGGUAUGUUUUAAUUUAAUUUAAAAUAAAUUAAAACAAUAAUUAUUAGUUUUAAUUAAAAAUUUUGGUUGAAUGAGUCAGUGUUUGAUAAAAUAGUGUGAUAAUCAGAGAUAGUUUAAGGAAGAGUUUGUUUGCUUAACCCAUUUGAGUUUAAAUACUAAAUUUUAAAAAACGAGUGAUAAAGUGUGAUUUGAAACAAACUAUGAAAAAAAUUGCUUAAACUACCAUUUUCCUAAUACAUAUUUUAAUGUUUACUUUAAUCAAAUUUAUCCUUAGUUUUAAAAUGAUAAAUCCUACUAUAUAUUAAUUGAGAAGCCACUUAAAUUGACUUUUAAUUAUGUGUCCUUAAUAGGUUAAAUUUUUUAAAAUAGUUAUAAUUUGAUUGGUUGUUAACAUUUAUUAGUUAUUAUUUUAACCAAAUCUAAAAAUAAAAGGUAACUCUAUAACUAAUUAAUAAAAAUUACCAAAUAACACAAAUGAUAUUACAAAUAAUGAUUUAUGAUAACUAAUUGUAGAAUUAGAGAAAGAAUAUAUAUGUUUUAUCAAUUUCUUUAUUUUUAUCAAUUAGUUAUAUAUAAUUAAAUAAAAUACUUUAGCAUUUUUUAUAGAAAUAAAUUUAAUGGUUAUAUAUUAUUAUAUUUGUAGGUAAGGAAUUAUUAUAACUUUUAUGUUUUUAAAACCCACACAAAACCAUUUACAUAAUAUCUUUCAUGAUAAAAGCCACAUAUCAUUGUAUUGGUCGUAUUGGAGUUACCAAAAAAAAACACUCUCUUUUUUUUCUCUUAAGUGCUAGAGUAUUUUCGGUUUUUCAUGUGUUAAACUAAAAUAUAAAGUAAUUCUACAACCAAUUAUCUAAAUUAAUUAUAAUAUUUUUUUCUGUAAGAAAAAUGGUUUUAAUGACUAAAGUUUAUGUUUUUGAACUAUUUUAAAUCUCACACUUCUUCUAAAAAUAUAUACUGAAAUUUUUGAUUAUCCAAAUAUUUGAAAUUAAAAAUUAACUACCCACAAAAUUGCGGGAAAAUACCUAGUUUGUAUCUUAAUUUUAGUGUCACAAAUAAAGCGUUUAUGUGUUCAUUUUUAAUGUUACUAGGGAUUUGCCUUGGCAAAGCCCAUAGCUUUUUAUUCUACAAUUUUAAUUAUUUUUCUAUUACAGUUUUUAUUUGAAUAUAUUUACAUAUAUACAUUAGAAUUCAUUAUAGAAAUUUAAAACUAUUUAUAUUAUAUUCUUUUGUAUAGUAAAUUUGAAAUGUUAGAACUCAUAGUUUGUUGUGUGUUCUUUAUUUCAAAUUGUAGAUGUAAUGUGUAUGAGUUAGAAACUAAUAAACCUUAGUUUAAGACUUAAUAUAAAAUGUAUUUUUAUUGGUUAAAAGUUUUGAGAUAUAUAAUCACAGAGUUUAUGUAUAGAUAAUUAAUAUUUAAUAUGUCUGAAAAAUAUUAAAACUUAUAUCUUUUUAUAACACAGGCUGUAUAUCUUUUUGAAUAUAUUUUGCCAUGUAUCUAAUUUAUUACAUAUUUUUGUGUUAAAUAUUAUUGUUUAUAUUGUAAAUUAACUCAGUAAUUGUGUUAAAGUUUAGUUUAUUUAUUUAGUAAUUGGAACUCACCGGAAAGUGGUGUUAGUUCUGGAGAAGGGAAAUUAUAUGAUGGAAAAUGUGGUUACAUCUUUGAACUUGAGAUAUAUUGUUUAAUAAUGUGUAGUUGUAUUGAAAUGAAAUUUGGUUUGAAGAUAAUAAGCCAUAAACAAUUUAGGAGGUCAUUUGCCUGUUACGUAUUAGCUGUAAACUUUGUUGGUGGAGAAGCUUUUCGUGAUUGUGAUCUAAGGAGGUAAAUGAGAUUAUUACUGGGCUGGGCAUGCAUAUUGAUCAAAUGGAAUGUAAGUUAUUUUAUUAAUCCGAAACACUUAAAAGUGUUGGACCAUUAUAACUAUGUCCUGAGUUUUUUUGAAUAGCUCGCAACUCGCGUUGUUUAACUUUUGUCAAUGCUUGAAGAGGUUUCACCACAUUUGCUUACUUCGUCAAAUCCAACUUCAGAAACUUAUGUUAGUUUGACUGAGUGAGCAGUGAAAUUUCAGAAGAAAAAAGAAUUCAUACUACAGCAGAUAUAUGUUCUACAAAUAAAAUGUGUAGCAAGCAAUGAUAAUCUAUGACGGUGAAGAUUGCGUUAAGUGUGUGAUACAUGAUAUGAACCCUGUUAUUAGUGGGUGAAGGACUUAACUGUUGUAAAGUGGUUCUUAAGAUAUGCGACUAAAUUGAACCUUCAAGUCAGAGCCUCCACCGAGUUCGCAAAGUAGUUUUUUUUAAUUUAUAUAUACGUGUAAAAACAUAGCUUAUUUGAUGAGAUACAAAAUUUUGAAAAAAACACAGACACUAACAUGAUGGUAGGGAUGAGUUUUAAGUCAUACUAGAUUUUGACCCACGAUUUUAAAGCAUGUGAUUGUUUAAGUCUUUUUAAAUUUUACACUUACAUUCAAAUUUAUGUGCUUGAUUUAUUUUAGUUGUUUGAAAUUCUAAGUUUUGAUAAAAAUUCUGACCGGUGUCAUGCCUAAUUUUUUAUACAACUAUUAAACUCUUACAUUUUUAUAAAAGAUAUUUCUACUGUAUUAUACAUAUAUAUCUAUGUAACUUUUCCAUCUAAACUUUAUGAAUAUCUAUUUUAUUUUGAGAUUUCAAAUAUAUUAAGCACUUGGACUUUUGAAAAAUAAUUUACAUGAAAAAUUACAAAUAUAUAUAAUUUACUUUGUUAUAUUCUAAUUUGUCCUAUAACGAAGAAUUAUAACCCUUUUCCCUUUUGAUAAUAAUCAUGUAUAAAAGAUCAUCCAGAGUCUUUGAAACUAUAAACAAUUGUUCCAAAAAGUGCUAAACCACCUCUAUACCCAACAUGAUCAAAGCUGACAAAAAAACAUCAUCAACAAUACUGAUCAUAUCAAAAAGUGCUAAACCACCUCAAUUGUUUUUUGUUUUCAUCAAAAACAAAUGUCAAGAAAAUGUUUGUUUCUCUAUUCUCUCCAUCUUUGAUUCAUCUAGUCUUAUGCAUGGUGUAAAUUUUGACUAUUCCAGUUUAACAUAGACAUUAAAUGUUGGACGUUCCCUCAGUUGGAUCACAAUUUUUUUUGAAACUUUGCAUAGUUGAUGUAUCUACAUGAUUCAAUGCUUUUCUCUAUUUUUUUGUUACCACCAAUUUUUUUCUUUUUGACUCGCAUCUCUUGAUAUCCUUUUUUCAUUAGUUUUCCAAUGAAAGGUACUUGGUCUUGUUUGAGAUUUUUUUUUCUCAGUUAUCUCGGAAGCAUUAUAUUAUUGAAGCCAAUACAAUAUCUCAGAGAAGAACUACUCUGUAAAAACCAAAAGAUGUUUUAACAUAGUGACAACAAUUUCUGAUUGCAUAAAGUCCUCCCUCGGUAAGAGUAUCAUUGCAAUUUCGGAGUGAAUGGCUCCUUCCAUUAGCUUAUUGUUUCCUUUAGGUUUGUUAUACAAAUUGACCUCUCUUGUUUUUUGAAAUUGAAAACCACCCAUUUUCCUUUAUAUAGCAUUAAAGUUAAACCCUAUAAGUGAAGUAUAAAUUUACGUCAAAUAGGAUCGUUCUCUAACUCUUUCAAAUAUUUUUAACCCUAUCAUUUCUAGCUAAAUUUUCAUGACAAUUUUUCAUUAACAUGUAUUGUCUACUUCCUUCCAAGAAUUCAGGAGCAAUCAUUGGUCUACCUGUAGUAAUAUUUAUCUCUAUCUGAUCCUAUGAUAUGCCUCAAACAAAAUAUUUGAUUCAUUUAUGGUAGGAAAAACCUCUGCAAAUUGUAUCUUCAAUAUGCACUUUCUUCAUCAAUAUUUCUUAUUUGUUUUUUUAGAGAGGAACAAUUAGCUUGGUCAUGGAUUUGCCUUGGACAAGAGUUAUUUUUUUCUGGAUUCUUUCAUAGUCAUACACACAGAGAUGGACAUAUACACCAAUAGGAUUUCAGGUGACACACUUUUAAUUUUGUUCUAAAGUUAAUAUAUAUGCAUUUUUGUAAUAUUGAACGAGGUUUUUUUUAACGCUGGAUUGUAUUAUUAAGCCUUCUAGGCAAGAGUUCUAAACAAUGACAACUACAAAAAACGAAUGUAGAAAAAGGAUAUGCCAGUAGGGAUCCAAAGUAAACUAACACAUCUAUUUUGCGUAUGGAGGACUAUAAAAUCUCCAUAUUUUUUUUUUGGAAUAGGUGAAUCUCAAAGGACAUAAUCUUCGUAUUAAUCCAAAAACACCGCACUUUGGACUGAAUUAAGAAUGAUUGACACUCUCUUUUUAUUACUCCACUAAGAGCCAACGAGACAAGACAAUUCUUUAUAUUACUCUAUUGAUAAUAAAGAAAGAGAAGCAAAACGAAUCAAACAAGCUGAUGUCAGAGCUGUAGAAGCCUCCGGCCAUUUGCUUAAAAUUACAAAAAAUGUCUCAUUUUCUCUCUUUAUGGCAAGGGUUUUUAACACUGUCUAAUACUGAACCAAUUUUAUUUUCUAUUUUGACAUACCAUUAAUUAUAACUCACUAAGACUAUGUGCAUUGAUGAUGUUGAAUUACGCAUUCAAUAGUUGAACACAGUACGAUGAAAUUUUUAAAUUUAUAAAUAAAACUCAUGGAUUAAUCAGUUGAAAUAAAUUUAAUUGGGCCCAAAUUCUCACAUAGCAGCUUUUAAUUAGUGAAAAUAUUGACCAAAUCAAGAUAGGUUACACAUGCUUACUUUUAGUGGUUGUCCAAAUUUUUUGUCUUUUUUUUUAUCUCAACCAAUAAUCCGUACACAUUUAUUUUAUAAUGAAAUAUUUUUAAAAAAAGGUUAUACCAAAUUUCAUAAUUUUAUGAUAUAUAAAUAGAGACUAAUUUCAUUUUAUUCAGAGUAGAAAAAACGUUUUCACUAUAAUCAACUAUUUUAAUGUUUUAAACUUAUUUUUCAAUGGAUUCCAAUAAUAGUCUUUUUAGCACCCAAAGUUCUUCAAAUUUUCUUUGUAACUACCUAAAUCCCAAAAAUUAAAAAUAAAAUAAAAUUUAUUAAACGUUACGCCAUUUUUGUUAUUUAAGCUACUUACAAUAACAAAUAUAUUAAUAUGUAAUUAUUAUAUUGUAAAAGCUAAAAAUAUAAAUUAAAAUAGUUGGGUAAAAUGUUAAAUUUUAUCAAACAAAACUAUUGUACAUGUCAAAAUGAAAUGGGUGUUGAAUAAUUAGGUGAAAGAGAGAGAUAUGAUGAUGUAGAGUGUUAAAAACAAAGAGGUGUGGAAUUUUUACCCCCUUGUAGAUUGUUUUAACUCUUCUAUUAUUAAAUUAUAAAAACUCUUCUACAAAUUCAUUAUUUAUUUUUGUUCAAACUACAAACUCAUUAACUAAGAUUAUGUACAAUGGUUUCAACACACAACACCCUCCACAUCAUCUUUUCUUUCUUCCACUUCUUAUUCUCUCUUUUCCACUUAAUAAUUCAACAUUAACUCAUUUUAUACUCUAUAAUGGUAUGUUUAGUACAAUUCAACACCGUACCCUACCAUUUUUAUUUUUAUUUUAUUUUAUGUUUUUAUUUUUAUGAUUACAUAUUAAUAGUAAUUAUUGAUCUAUUUUCUCAAUGAAGAUAGGAAAAGAUAGAAACAUGAGUUUAUAAGAGGCUAAGUAGAAAAUUCAUGUUCAAAAGAUGAUUUUUAUUUGUUCAAAUCAAAUGAAAAUGUCUCUAUAAAUAGAUUAUGAAAAAUGAUUUUUUUUUUGAAAUAAAUAAUUUAAUUAUACAAUAAUUGAAUCGAAAAAGGUAGAAAAAUCAACCGGAACUUUUUUCUCAACUAAUGGUUUGGUUGCAUGUGGGAAAUUUAUUCAACAUGUUUAAUUCCACUUCAUUUUCAACCAAUUAUUCCACAGCUCAUUUCAUUUAAUCAACUGUUGAAAAUACAAAAUUUAACAUCUCAUUGUAUCUAGUCUAGCACACAUCUUAAUAUAUUUAGAUAAUUACUUUGAACUUAAGCACUUAUAGAUUUAGGUUAGAAGAUUGACAUAUUUCUUUUAUUAUCAAAAAUUAUCUUCUUCGUUUGUCCUCUUCUUCUUUAAGAAAAGCAAAACAGAUUAUUAAUCACCAUUAAUAUUAAUGAGCAACUAUAUAGAUUUUUAGUUUAAUUAUAUUUUGUACUUCUACUCUUUUUUAACAGUUUGUUAGUUGUUUCUUAUUUUAGUUUCAGACAUGGAGAAUGUUUGAUUAUUUUUGAAAAGAAAAGCUCCAUCAUCAUCUCAGAAUGACUUAGAUUAUUCGGAAAAUCUACCAUGUGGGUGUGCUGAUCGAAAAUGAAUAUCAGAAUAAAUACAUUGUUUCUUUGGAUGGAAUAAAUAAAUACAAUGUAGUAAUGAAACAUGAAAACUUGAUGAAACAAUCUGUCUAUCAAGGAUGCUUUGCAUAAAUAAGAUGAUAUCACGAAUAAUGAUUAUCGUAUUCAAUUAAAUUUUUCCAUUGAUGCUUCAAGAUUCUUGUUGCGACAAGGGUUACAUUUUCGUGGUACUGAAGAGAAAUAAGAAUCUCAUAGUAGUGAUAACAUUGUUGAACUCUUGAAACACGCUGCCGAAAAAUGAAAUUACGAUUAAAAUUGUUUUAAGAAAGGCUCUAGGAAACAAUCAGAUAACUUCUCCAAAUAUUCAGAAAGAUAUUGUGCAUUGUCUUACGAAAGAGCUUGUUAAAAGUUUUAUUGAAAAAAAUUGAUCAUGAUGUAUUUAGUUUGUUGGUGAGAGUAUGUUGAUUUUUCUUAUAAAGAGCAAAUAACACUAUUUUUUGGUAUGUUGACAAUAGUAGAUAGUCAAAGAUAGAUUCAUAAGUCAUACUCAUGUACGUGGGAAAAAGUGCAUUUUACAACCCAAACAAUCUCGUUUGUGCGUAAUACUACAUGAACUAUCGAAUAGGGUGGAAUACAACCCCAACUGCAUAUUUAUUUAAAUUUCAUACCCCAACUUUCAUAUGUGACCUCGUUUUCUCCCUUGACGACAAUCCCGUUAGUCUACUGUUAUCACAAGCCGAGACAUGAGCCGUAGUGACUGAAAUAGUAACCAAAACGACAUAGUUUUAUCUCUCAACACAAAACGACGUAGUUUUGUAUGUGGGGUUAAAAUUAUAUUUUACUUCUUCUUCUCCAUCGUUAUUACUAUGGUUUCUCCAUUCUCUUCCCAAAUCAUGAGUCUUGAAGAUUAAAGUGUCUAGAACCAGAGGCGAAGCCAUGUUAUAGUAUAUGGAGGCCUGUGCACCCAUAACAUUUCUAUAUAACAUAAAUUUUUGUUAAAGAAAGUGUUGAAAAUCUGUUGAUUCUAGUGGAAUAGUGAUGUAGUGGACCCUCAUCAACCCAGGUUCAAUCCCUACUAUCUACCUAUUUUUGUUUUUAUUAUUAAUAAUGCACCCAUUAGGUAAAUUUCCUAGCUUCGCCCCUGUCUAGAACUCAAGCGAGUGUGUGAAUGUUGUAAGGGUCGUGAUAGAUAGUAUUGAGCAUUUUUACAGCAAGCGAAGAUGAGGUAAUUUCGAGUUAUUUUUGUCAUUCUGAUAGUUAAGAUUAAACUAAAUAAAUGUGACAAUUUGGUUAGUUUUAACUGUCUUUCGAUUUCUCUGUGUCUAUUACUUGAUAAUGGAAGUCAAAUAUUGUUUAGUUCUGUGUGUUUUAUGAAGAGAAGAGCUUGAGAUAUUAGUGCACAUCAACUGUUCGAUGAAAUGUCACAGAGAGUAAAAAAUGUCUUUUAAUGACAAUUUUGCUGCUUCUCUUUGCAGCAUGUGGGAAAUUAUGAAGUUCAGUGUAAAAUGUGGAGGGUAUUGGGUGAAGAAUCAUAGAGGCGAGGUUGGUUAUAUUGGUGGUGAGGUGAUGACCAUCAACUGUAAAUCGGAGGAGUUAUUUAACGCAUUGGCAGAAGAGUUUGGAGAAGGAUUAUGUUUUGAAACUUUUUUUAAUUUUUUUUUUUUGAAAAUCGAAAAUUAUGUUUGAAAUUAUUUUUUUAAAAAAGUUAUAUUUUUAAGUAUUAUUUAUAUAUUUAUUAUAAUCCUAAAUUUCAUAUUCCAAAAACUCUCUACCCCACCCCUCAACUCUAAACCCUAAGUUUAUGUUAGUUAACCCUAGGGGUAUAAAUAUCAUCUACCCUUCAUUAAAAGUAAGAGUAAAAGUGAUUAGUGUAGAGAUGAAAAGUGGUACUAUGAAUGUGGUAAUUGUGGUAAUUUCUCAAUUUUUUUCAACAUGUUGAAACCCAAAAACAUGGUGUCCACAAGAAUUUAUAUUGUUUGUUUAUUGGUUGUUGAUAUUAAUGAUAUUUUGUAUUCACCUUAAUUAUUUGAAGUAAUUUAUUAUAUAACAAAUCAAUUUAUUUCUUUUAUUAUUUAGUAUCAAAACAAAUUUUUUUUGUGAUCUACAAACAGAGACUACUUUCAUGUAAUUUGAAAAUAUACAAAAAAUAGUCUUUACCAUAAUUUUUAUGUAUUUUCAAUAAAUUUUGUCUAUAUUGUUAAAUAUUCUUUUGUAAAAUAUAUCAUAAAAUUUCAAAUAUAAUUAUUUUUAUUUAAAUUGAUAAUUACUUUAUUUAAUAGUUUUAAUAUGUUUAACUAUUAAAAGUGUCAGGAUACAGCCGUCUUUCGUCGUUCACAUGGAUCAACAUCUUCCAGUUUGGUUUACAGGGUCAAUAUGAGUAUGUAAUGUUGUUGACAAAAAAAAAUUGUUUAACUGUUAUUAUUUAAUUGCAAAGUCUAAAAAUAUAAGUAUGAUAUAUAAAACUAUAGUUAGGGUGUUGGAUUUUUUCCAAGUAAAACCAUUGUAGGUUAUAUGUGUUGAAUGUAUAUUAAAUUAUUAUGUGGAAGAAAAAGAGUAUGAUGUAGAAUGAUAAAAGUGAAAAUUAAGGUGUCGAUAAAAUUCAACUAAUGUACAUAGUCUUACAAAGGUGAGAGCGCAAGGUUAUGAUGGUGCAAAUAACAUGAAGGGUGAUGAGUUCAAUGGUCUAAGGUCAUUAAUGUCAGAAGAAAGCGAAUCAACAUAUUAUGUUCAUUUUUUUGCUCAUCAGUUUCAGUUAGUUGUUGUGGCAGUUGUCAAAAAAUAUUUUGAUGUUGCAGACUUCUUUGAUAUGAUUUCUCUGUUGUUGAAUGUGGUGACAGCUUCAUGUAAAAUGAAAGAUAUGUUGGGAAAGUGUCAUAGAGAAACAAUUAAGAAAUAAGUUAAUGAUUGUGAACGCAAUACUGGAAAAUGGUAAAUCAGGAGGUUAUGUUCAAAGACCAGGGAUUACUCAUUAGGGUCUUACUAUAGAACUUAACAGCGUGUGGUUAAGUGUUUCUUAUAUCGUUAAGGUGCUUGAAUGUGUUCAGAAUGAUAGUGCAAAUGACUUGAAAAGACGUCAAGCACAUGGCCUUCUCAUUAACGUUGAUAACUUUGACUUUGUGUUCUAUUUCCAAGUGAUGUUGCAUUUUUUAUAAGUCACAAAUAGUUUGUCUACGGCCCUACAAAACACAGACCAAGAUAUUUUUAAUGCAGUAUCGUUAGUAUAACCAACAAAAAGACAGUUGCAGAAGUUUUGAGAUGAUGGAUGGAACUCUCUUAUGAUUAAAGUUUCUUCUUUUUGUAAGAAACAUGGUAUUGAAUAGCUUGACAUGGAUGAAGGUUUCAUUGGCACAAGGAAGCCAAGGAAAAAGAUAGAAGUAACAAAUGAACAUCAAUAUAAGGUCAAUUGCUUGUAUGAAAGUUUGGAUUUGCAGCUUCAAGAAUUCAACGAUCGCUUUAAUGAGGUAAACACUAAACUGCUUAUUUGUGUUUUUUUUAAUCUCCCAUUGGUUCAUUCUCUCAGUUUGACCAUACAAAAUUGAUGAGGUUAUCGAAAUUAUACCCAUCUGACUUUAGUCAUGGACAGUGCAUAUCGCUUGACCAACAAUUAGAUAUACAUAUUGAUAACAUUCAAAAUGACGAGAGGUUUACUCAUUUACAAUAUCUUGGAGAACUUGCUCAUACUUCGGUGGAAACACGAAAAACAUAUGUCAGUUUCUUUGAUUUCUAGGCUUCUGAAAUUGGUUUUCAUUUUGCAUCUUGCCACUGCAACUGUCGAGAGAAGUUUUUCAGACAUGAGGAUUGCAAAGAAUGAUCGACGAAAUUGGAUUGGAGACAGUUUCGAAUUAUUGAUUAAUUUGUUUUGUCAAAAGAUGUAUUGCAGAAACUUACAAAGUAAAAAAUCGUAGGAUGCUUUUGCUAAACAUUUUAAUUUAAUAAUUUUAUAUUAAAAUUACAAAGUAAAAUAUGAUUUUAAUACAAAGUAAAAAAAAUACUUUUAAUUAUGUAUUGACACCAGUUAAAAACUCCUGGAUCCUCCACUGCAUAUAAAAUGAUAACCACUUCACCUUUUGGAUGAGUUACCUUAUACGAGCGUCUCAGGGUUUGCAAACAUGAAUCUUAACCCUCACAUAAUCCUUUUGUGACUUUUUUCGAAUAAAAAGCCACUUCAAUGCCUUGUCUUGCAAAUUCUCCUAAAGAUGUUAAAUCUUGUGUUGUAUAAUGGUUGACCGGAACAUUAUGCAUUUGAACCCACACAUCGAUAUAUUGCAAGUAACCCGCAAGCGGUUUUUACACCCAUCUUUUGAUUUUUAAAGACCAUAGAUCGAAACUCAAAAGUAAAAAACUCUUCUACCAAAGAUAUCCACUAAGUUGUCUUCAUAUUUAAGGAUGAACUGAAUUAUUUCCUUUGAUAGAGCAACUCCCUUUACUAUGUCAUAAAGCUGUCAUUUUCUUGACAUAUCUAGAAUCAACUCAUACAUUUUUUGAUGCUGAGGAUUGAUCACUUGACCUACCUAGCUGGCUGAUUUUUUUUUCAUUAUGUAGACCUCAGAGAGGUACAGUAAUUGAAAGGUUCCUUAUCUUUUUCUUCGACUGGCAUCUUCAAUAGGGCAUUGUCUAAAAUGAAAGACAUAAAUACUUUUAAAACUCAGAUUUUGACCCAAAAAAAAAUGAGAACAUUGAUUUUAAUUAGUGUAGCUUGAAAGAUAUCAGUAGUUGAAACCAGAAACCAUAGAAAAGGGUUAAGAUUAGGUAUAAAAAUCUUAAAAGCUGUUAAAAGUAGAGGAGAUUUACUAAACAAAUGUGUUUUAAGCCAAAAACUCUUCUUAACUUAUAUCCAAUGACUAUAAUUAUGAAACAGAGUGCUAAGCUCACCAGUGGGGGACAUAAAAAAAUAGCUUUUGAUGUUUGGUAGAUCAUUCUUAUCUUAUUAGUGGGAUAACAAUAUUGAGGGUAAAUAUUCACCAAGUAAUCAUAUAAUAAAGUAAGGUUUAGAUGUGACAAUUUUGCACAUAAAUGUACCAAAUGCAUAUCCUUUGUGUGUGGCUGUUUUUCAAGAGUGACUUUCACAAAACAAACUAUGAUAUACUAUAUUUGUUACACAUAUAGUAUAGAGAAAUUGAAUGUGGUCGUUGGUACAUAAAGUGAAAAACGAAGAGACGGUGGAAGAGAUGAAAAGAUGAUGGAUGACAACGAUGGUGGAGAAAAAAGACAGUACUGAAGAUACGAUGAAACAACCCAUAAUAGUGGUAUUUGUUGAUGUUAUAUAGGAUAACAACAAACACAAUUAACAAUGUGUUCCAAGUCUAUUAUGUAAAUGUAAAAUAGAAUAGAAUACAAAAAUAGUAAAUUAUUUAUCUUUUCUAAUCAUGUUUACUAACUGGCGGGGACAAAAGCCAUGUUCAUUUAUCUGACGCAGCGUUAGAGGCUGCGAUAAAAAAUUAACAAACCGGUGAGAGAAAUUUCAAUGGUGUGCGGCGACUGUAACUGCUCGUCUUUUUUGUACUUUUAUUGUCGAUGUAAAUAACAUUGUCCCCACAAGUACUUUGACAUGUCGCUAGCGUCCGAUGAUAACAUAUUCUUACUCUUUAAUCUGAUUGGUAGUUGAGUUGUCACUUAAAUUCUUUUUUUACGCUAGUCGUAGACGCAGCGUUCCAGAAUGAACAGGGAUAAAGAAGAAUGUAUCACACAGCAUUGAUGGAGAAGAAAGUGGUGGCUAUGAUGCCAUGACCGAUGAUAAUGGAUAUUAUAGCUGGAGGUGAUUGAGAAGAAAAAGAGGCGAAGGGAAGAAGGAAGUGGAGAACAAGAAAGAUGAGAAUUUAAAAUAAGGAAAAUGAAGAGAAAGAGAAUAAGCGCAGAGAAUAAGGAAAAUGAAAAAGAAAAAGAAAAAAAAGGAGUAGGAGGAAAAUGAGGAGGAAGAUCAAAGGGAAGAGGAGUAAAGAAAAACAAAGAACAUAAGCAAAAUGAGAAUGAAAACAAAAGAGGAGGAUGGGGUAUAACAUACUAUACUAUUAAUAAAGUAGUAUAGUAUAAUAUAUACAAUAUCCUAUAAACAAUUAAAUAUUGGUUGUUGGAAGACAAUUAACAAAGCAAGAUGAGAUAAAUAGUACAUUAUAACCUUUUUAAAUCAAUACUCUAUAAAUUAAUAUACACUAAAAAUCUCUAUAAAAUAAUAUAAUUUUAUAGUCCCAAAUUGAGUUUUUGGUUCAGUUAGUAUAUCGAUAAAUUAAUAUCUCUAUAAAUUAAUAAAAAAAUUUAUAGUUUUGGUGUAGUUCCAACAUUAUUAAUUUAUGGAGGUUUCACUGUGUUACAUUGGAUCUUGCGUUUUGUCAUUUAAAAAUGCUAGACCAAUUAAUUCAUAACAAUGACAUUUAAGUGUUUAUAUUAACAUAAAGUCUAGUUUCUAUUAUAUUUGUUACUAACCAAAAAUAUAGAAUAGACUAUAUCGCGCAAUGUUCAUCUUAUCGAAUUUGCUAAAUGUUUAUAAUCCAGGUGAUCUAUUUUAGAUUUUGCACUCUUUCUACAAUUACACUCUGACGAACUCUCUAUAGUUGUAAAAAUUAACAUCAUUGAUCAAAGCACCUGUGAAUCGAUCAUCUUAGCGUGAAAAAUAGCAAAAAUAUAUUUUUGACCAAACUACCAUAAAUAUAUAGCAUAUCAUAGCGUUUUCUUAUUAUGUGCAUAGAUUCAUUAUAGUAUUUUUAGGUUAUUUUAUGUGAUUUCCCUAUCUUAUAUCACACAAAACUUUAUUUUGUCAACAUUUAUAUCACACAUUUCUAAACUUUAAUUUGUAUAACUUAGUUAGUAGUUGUCUUUAGGAUAGCCAACUAUCUAUGAGAUAGUUAUCUAUAGGAUACAUGAUUGCAUGUUUAAAGUAGAAGUCUAGUGUGAUUGAUCUGUAAUACGGAAAAGUCAUGUUCUAAAUCCCAUAGUAGUUACAAGUCAGACCUACGAUACAAACUUCAGGACGAUGGUGUUUUAUAGAUGGUUCUUGGAAAGAUAAGGAUUUAUUUUCGGGACAAGGAUGGUAUAGCACCCUACCGGGAUUUGAUGGUUUAUUAGGAGCAAAGAAUGUAAGGGCAUGUCUUUCACCUCUCCAUUCGGAGAUGGAAGCUUUGAUUUGGGCAAUGGAAUGUAUGAAGAAUUUAAGACAGUUUCAAGUUACAUUUGCGACGGAUUGUUCUCAAUUGGUGAAGAUGGUUUCGGAACCAGAAGAAUGCCAGCAUUUGGAAGUUAUCUGGAAGAUAUCAAGCUCCUACGAAGGAGUUUCCUCAACUCAGAUAUUGUUCAUGCACCUCCAACGGAGAAUCAAAUGACGGAUAGCUUAGCACGCAGUGCUAGAAGACAACCGUCUUUCGUCGUUCACAUGGAUGCGGAGUUACCGAUUUGGUUUACAGAGUCAAUAUGAGUCUGCAAAUGUCUUGUUGUCAAAAAAAAAAGAAAUUCCAUAGUAGUUCGACCCUAAAGAUUGUGAAACUACCAAUAAAAAUAUAUAAUAUUUAAGCAAAACUACAUAUAUUUUAAAAUCGUUUCAAGGUCUAAGCUAAGAUAUGAAACUUAUUUUUAAUAAUUAUUGAUAAAUUGUAACUAUUUCAAAAAAAUAAAAAUAAUAAGAAAACCCAUAUUAUUUUGUAAAUGUAACUGUUUAUUUUUUAAAUGUAUGUCUUAGAAUGUUUAAAAAAAAAUCUUGGCCACUAAAAUGCUAAAUCAUCCAUAAAUUUAAUAUGAAUAAAUUAUGGUUAAACUAAAUAAAUCCUAUCGAUAAAUACGUAGAAAAAAAAUAUUUUUAAUUUAUAUAAACAGAUCACUUUAGUUAAAUUAUCAGAGAAACAACAACAAAAAACUUGUAAAAUAAAUCACAUAUAAAUUAAUCAAAAGUCAAUAGCAAAAGUAAUUGUAAAGGCGGUGUGUAUCUCAAGAGAAACAAAGGAAAAUAUUAAUCACACAAUUUAAAUCCAAAACAAAAUUUCAUUUCUACUGUACAUGAAAUUACCGUCUUUAAAGCAUCUUCAACCCACCUCUAUUUCUACAUCUAUAAUAGUAUUUAGAGGCAAAACCACUUCAACCCAUCUCUAUUUUUGCCUUUAAAAUAGAGAUUGCUAUUUUCUCCUCUAUUUAUAGAGGAAGAAAUAGCAUUCCUCUAUAUUUUGCUCUAUAUGUAGAGAUCUCUAUUUUAGAGAAAUACAUUGGAGUAAAACUCAUUUCUAUUAUAAAGUUCCUCUAUUUUAGAGGUAAAAAUAGAAAAAUACAUUGGAGAUGGUCUUAGUCACGUUCACGGUGCAAAUGCAUAUAGCGUCUCACAUUUUUCUAUUAGUUUUUUCUGUGCUUUAGGAUCCUAAGAGCACGUGCAACGGAGGAUGACUCCGAAUCCGUCACACGAGUCCGUCGAAAAAAUGGUAAUAUAAUAUGAUUAUUAAUGCUAAUAACAUUAAGGAUUGGUCCGUGAUUAGCAUGUUGACGGACUCGAUCCUUGGGGCACGUGGCGAAAGGUGAGUGGAUGAAGCGAGAUUGGGUUAGGAGGUGUUGAGAAAAAUUAGGUCAUUCGACCGAAGGAAAGAAAAAAAAAUUUCCUCUCGACGCUCUCGACUCUCGACGGCGAUUUGGUAAACCCACCAUCGCGAUUGGUCUCCCUCGGAUCCUGAAGGUAAAUCGAAGGCUUGUCUGCUAUUUUCAUCGAUCUAGAGUCGCUGCUUCUUCUUUUCCUGUCAAUCUAGGGUUUUGUUUUUUCGAUUUUGGGAUUUUUCGUUUCAAAAUUAGGGUUUGAAUACGAUUUUGGUAUAAAACGAAAGGGGGGUUUUGGUUUAAAUCGUUUCAUUCGCUUUGUUCAUUUUGUUUCUUCUCGAUUUUGGUUAGAUAAAGGAUUCAUUGAAAUUCAAUUCGUUUCUUCUCGAUUUUGUGUGUCUAUGUCGAUAUGUUUGUGUGUCUUUCUCUUUUAUGAAGAUCGUUGCUAAUCUGUGCUGCUUGUUUCUCUCUUAUGGUGGAGGUUAACGAGAAUGGGACAAUAUAGCUACAGCCAGCCAUCCUCAUCAUCCGCGGAGGUGGACGUAACCGCACUUCUCGAAGAAGAAGCUCAGUUGUACGCGGAUGAAGCUCGGUUGCACGCGGAACGUGCAACGGCGGAUGAGGCAGAGAGUAGCUUCGAUAUAGAGAAAGCGGUUCAGGAGGCGACUCUCGACUUUCAGACGCAGCUAAGGCGGGUUAAUGAAGAAGGUACAGAGAGAGAGCAGAAGCUGCUGCUGCUAGAGAAGAGUGUGCACGAGUUAGGAAAGGAUUUAGCACGAGUUAAGCUAAUGGUGUGCGUACUAGUGGUGAUAGCUUUGCUAUUCUUCUUUCUACGUGGUAAGUUUUAGAGUUCAUUGGAAUUAAUAUAUAGAUUAAUCGAUGGUUUGACAACAUUUGACUGCAUUAUCUUAUGUUUUUGCAGGAGUUCCUUCAAAGGCUUCAACCGGGACUAUUCUAUCACCUCAGGAGUGGCCAAAUAAGUCAGGUACUAUGGUUUUAAUCACUUCACUUUGGAUUUUCUCUUCAAAAGAAAUUCAUAUUGUUAGAAUGGUUUGAAUGGUGUUUGGUGGUAGAAUAAAAAUUAGGACUGUAAUAAUAAAUGCUACCGAAUAACUUUAUGUCUUCCCACCCCGUUUGAUUUGAUUGGUUUUAAAUAGGCUAGUAUGCUUCCUAUCAUCACCUCUGUUUGCUAGUAUAGUACUUAGGAUUUGAUUAUUGUUAAAUGGUUGUAGUUUGCUUCCCAUCUUCCUAACUGCUCAACUUUAAUUGUAUAAUAAAUAAACAUGGCUUACUUAAGCCUCUGUGUAACUACUAGAGUAACACAGAAUAAAAACUAGAGAGAUGGAUGGUUUCACAAACCUUCUGCAUAGUCAAAUACCUAUAGACCUUGAGUCACCCGAACCUUAUUGGUUCGGGUCUGAAGUUCCUGCUCAGUCUCCUAGCCAAGUCCCUGCUGAGUCUCCUAGCCAAGUUCCUGCUGAGAGGAGGAAAUAUUCUCCUAGAGAAGAUAAGAUCCUUAUUGGUGCUUGGCUUAACACCAGUAAGGAUCCUAUCAUUGGCAACGAGCAGAGAGUUGGGGCUUUCUGGAAGCGUAUUGUAGAGUACUACAACGCAAGCCCUCUGCUCGUUGGUCAAACACCGCGAGAGAUUACUUCUUGCAAACAGAGGUGGAGUAGGAUCAACGGGGAAGUAUGCAGGUUUACUGGAUGCUAUGAUGCAGCUUUGAGGGCGCAGAAAAGUGGGGAAAAUGAUGAUGAUCUGAUGAAAGCUGCAUUAAAUAUAUACUUCACCAAGUAUGGUUGCAAGUUCGCACUUGAUCACUGCUGUAGGGAGCUGAGGCAUGACCAGAAAUGGGCCUCGAUUUAUGUGGCUAAGGAAGGUGGAAAGGAAAAGCGGAGGUCCGUCUUGGAGGUUGAUACAGAAGAAGCGGACGUGGGAGAUCCAGAGGAGAGACCAAUCGGGGUAAAGGCUGCGAAAGGUGGCAGUAAGAAGAAGAAGAAUAGUGGUAGAGAAGAAGAGUUGUCCAAGCUUCAGAACGUGUUAGAACUUAAGGAAAAACUUUCAAAAAACAAACUCCUUGAUCGCUUGCUGGCGAUGAAAGAGCCUUUAUCUGAUAUCGAAACAUCACUUAAACUGAAGCUAAUGUCUGAAAUGAUAUGAUGUGAACUCUGUGUUGAUUGAGGUUGCUUAGUAGUCCCUGUGUACUAUGUUGUUUCAUGUUGUUUUACAGCUAAGCUAACAUGUUUUUAAUAUGUUGUUGCAGGUUAGGUGAAGUAGUCACGGGCGUCUAAGUGUUUUGGUCUUUAGCAAGAUGAAGUAGUCACGGAUACAUUUGGAGUAGUGAGAGCAUUUUGGAUUGUAGCUCCAACUCACAAGUGACGGGGUAGUUGUUUUCUACUAUAAGUACGCGGCCAUGUAAAAGCUCUCUAUGUUUCUCAUUGUACUAAACAUCAGAAAGCUUUGUAAUAUUUGUGAACCAAGAUCUCCUUCUACUCUUGUAAUAGCUCUCAACUCAGGUUUACUCUUUAACUAUGGUUCUUGUUGUUUAAGCUUGAAUUUA